GCACAUCUUAAUGACGUAUGUUGUGUUUUGGUAAAACCUUUUGCUGUUCGAACAAUCUGUUUAGGGCCUGAAUUUGUACUGAGUGUUGGUGCUGUGUAACUCCUGCAAUGAACAAAAGCAAGGCCAGUGGCGUGUCGUGGGUGAAGCCAGCAGAACCGUCCUUUCUGAAGAAGUUUAAAAAUGACGUCGGCUAUAAAGAAGGACCGAAUGUUGACACCAAGCGUCAGGUGAUGCCGACACUUGAUGACGACAGCGGGAGUGAUCGAGACGACGAGUUACCUCAAGUUGUGGUUCUAAAAGGAGGAGACUUGAGUGCCGAGGAUUUGAAAAAGAUCAAGGGCGAAACGCGCGUCGGGGCCGCAGAGAAAGAUGAUGAACCUCCUGCUGAUGGAAAAAUUCUGUUCAAGAAACCUGCCAAGCGCUCCUCCUCUGACAAAUACCAGGGCAUCACCGCCAGCUCCAGCAAAAAGACUAAGAAGAGUGAUGCGGUAGAGAAGAAGGAGGAAGAGAAGGAAGUAGAAAAAGAAGAUGAGGAGGAGGAGGAAGUGCAGGAGGAGGAAAAGAAGAAGAAAAAGAAUAAUGAUAAAGAAAAGAAGUCUGGGAAGAAGGUAAAAAAUAACAGCCUUCUCUCAUUUGGAGGGGACGAUGAAGAAGAGGACUAACUGUUCAUUAAGUGUUCAUUGUGAUGAGAGCGGAAUCAAAGUGGCACUGGAAUAUUAAUGGUGAAAAUGUUUCAUUGGCAAAUAGGAAUGGGGGUAACAUUAACACUGUCUUGAAUUCAUCUCUCCAUCCCAUAGUUUAUUAUUUGAUUAAAGGACAGUAGUGUUUUUCCACGUGCAAGCCCUCUGACUGACAAAUAUAUGGUUACUGCCAACUGCUCCGUUAAUUUUAGUACAAAACAAAUGUAUUAUUGGAGAUUUAAUUUGAUUAUGCCGAUUCAGAAUUUUCUUUAAACUCCACUUUGUACGUUCAAAUGCUCAAAGUGUCAAGGUGAACAGGAACUGAUAGGACGAAAAGAUUUAGCUCAACGCUAACUCAUGUCUACCAAAACAAAUAAUACGGUGAAGUAAUGUUCACUUUGACUGUUUACCUACCUCGAACAAGUCGAAUCUUGUUCUCAAAGUUGAUUCUAAAUACUGAAAUGAAUGGACACCCAGGAAAAAAAUCUUUGGGCAAUGUCUAAAAAGAAAAUGCAGUAAGCAAAGCAGCAGUGCUGUGUGUUGCAUUUCCUUUUUCAUCUGGCAGGAGACCGUCAGCACAUGCCAGAGCAAGGCUGCUUCUGCUGUUUGAAGGUUUGCAGUUAUAAACUAUGCAAUUUUUUUUGAUCAAUGGGAAUGAAGCAGCUCCACUGGCACGUUGUUCAAUUCUACGAGUUUCAUUUUUUUUCUCCAAACUCCAGUAAUUUGCAAUACAAAAUGUAUACAUUUUUUAAUCUUCAUGAAGCUGAAUCCUCUGGUGUCGUCCACUUAGAGAACAAUAAAUCAAUGCCAGUCCCGUGACACAUUUUAAAGUUGCCACCUCCGGAGCCCCUGUUCGUUUCUGGUGUCGUCACAUUUGUUGGUGUGGAAGUGCUCAUUGUAGACUUUUGGAAUGCAUUCAGUCAUAUUUGGAUGUAUGAAAGUAUAUUCUAGCUUCGACAACGGAGCUGUAACCAUUUAUGUAGAAACCAUGCAUUCUUGUCAAUGCAAUUUAAUGUUUUAUUAUUUUAAUGUGUGCAUUUUUUAGACUUGUUGCAUCUGUAACAUUUGAAAAUAUUAAAUCAACUGUACACCAUC